GGAGGUCAUCCAGCCAUUAACUGAUUGAGUCGAAAAAACUGUAACAAAUACCUGGUGUUCUACAUUAUUUGAAGUCAUGGAAUUACUCCUUUCAGACAGCAGCUGAGGAUGAUGAGCAAGGUUAACAACAAGCCCGAAACAGCAAUAACUAAGGGUGUGAGGAGAUCUCGCGAGAGAGUUCUUGUUCAGAAAAGAAAAAACUGUCUUGUGGGCACUAGGCCUGGGACGAUAAUAAAUUAAUUAAUUAAUCACAAGAAAUGAAAAUUAACUCAGUAAUUUUGCAAGCCUCGAUAUAUCGCAAUAUGUGCAUGCGUGUCUGUUUUGUUCGUCUCUCGCUUCCAAACAGGCAGGAUAAGGAUUCAAUCUAUGCAUUGGUUUCGGCACUCUAGCGUGUUUGUUCCAUAGAACAAUGGCAUUAAAAAAGUGACCUCUCUUGUCAGUCAUACAGUCGCUUGGCCUCUGUGGAGGGCGGCGGGAUAGCUAGCAUACAUACAGAGUGCAGAAGCGUGUAUGAAGUCGAUUUACGGUUACCACAAUGCCAUUAUUAAUGAAGCAAAACACACACUUAACCCUUCAGCUUCAAAUACAUCAUCACCGAUACGUCUGACUUCAACUUGUGGGCCAUUGUGGGCGUAUUAUUGUACUCCUUCGUCUACCUCUUCUUGUAAGGAAGGGGAAGCGUGGUGGUUAGUAUGUCUGCCUCACAGACGUACUAACCACCCUGGUUCUUUGACUGCAGUAUACAAUCGUCCCUCCUACAUCGCGGUUCGAAUAUCACUCCCUCACUUUAUCACGGUUUAAAAAAUAUUAAUUAAUGAAUAAAUGAUCGCUGUUUUGUUGUUGACUACAGCCUAUUAUUAGUCAGGAAAUAUGCAUAUUUUAGCAAACUGUAGGUAUCGUAUUUUUUGACCAAAUUAAGCACUUUUAGGCAUAAAAAUGGCUAAAUGAACUAAAAUACAAAUACAGUAUAAGCCAUUAAAGGGUCACUAACAUGAUUAUUCAACUUUACUUAAAUAUGUUCUACAGUAUUCUGGCGCUUUAUGGAUGUGAAGCACUGACCCUCAAAGCUGAAGACACCAAAAGACUGAGUGCUUUCGAAAUGAGCUGUUAUAGGCAAACCAUGCGUAUUGGCCCAGUGAAACAAUGAAUCUGUAUUGAACGAAAUGGGAACAGAGCGGCGCAUCAUGAGAAACCUCAAGAAACGGAAAUAAGAGCUAUGGACGAGGGCCCUAUAAAUGGACGACGGACCAGAGGUAGACAGCGGAGACGGUGGAGAGAUGACAUCAAGGACUGGAUAAGAGAAUCAUUGACUUCAUGCAUAAGAAGUGCACGGGAUCAAUGUGAAUGGAGAAGACUGGUGCAGGAACUCAUGGUCCCCGACUCUCCGUAAUGAGGAUGGGAAUAGAGAAGAGAGGGAAAUUAUCUCACAAGAGGCACAAUAACAAUAACAUGAUAAUAACAAUAAUCAUAAUAAUACGGGUUACUAGUGUUCCCAUAGCCCACAACAAUCUAAAACUUAACUCUGAACCUCUGACGUCACUUCCUGUCCGCCAUCGAUUCUGCUCCCCUACAAGAAAGAAGCCACGAUGCCCACUGUCUAACUGCAUUUCAGCACCCAUGCUGGCACUUGAUCCUGCCGUGCCGGCCAGUUUCAAUGCUAGCGAUUUGUCCUCAAUCUCGCCCUACUUCUCGUCUGCAAAGGCACUACUGAAACUCAACAAACCCCUCAAAACAUCUGACACCGUCUCCGUGGUUAUCUUCCAUUCACAGACUGAUGCUGAAAAGGCCUUGACAAAAACACCCAAAGAAAACAAGACAUUCUCAAUCACCAAGUGCUACCUGACCACAGACAAAGAUGCUCCACGUGUAAUCCAAAUGCAGACUGUGGCCUACCUGAGUGGCUUCACAGGCUCCUUCAAAACGUCAGAGAUGCUGCGAGCCAAAUUACCUUCUGCCAUCACCAACAAGAUCACGGCGUUUGAGUUGUACAAGAAGGCCCGUGUCGCUCUGCUCCACUUUGGACAUUCACAAGACUUGACCAAUCUUCUCCAGGAAGCAAAACAGGCAAAAGAAAGCACAAAAAAAAUGACAUUGAAUGGGAAGGAGCUGGUCAUCAGCCCUGUGUACUUGUUCUGGGACCUGAGUGCCAUCAUCAAGGUUGUGCAGAUGCAGCCCGUCCCUACAGAAAAAGCGACCAGAGAUGUUCUUACAGCCAACCGGUUCGAGGACAAUGAUGCACUCCGCCAUUCUCUGCGCUCUGUGGAGAAAUUUGCUCCCUGGGUGCGACAUAUCUUUGUCGUCACUAACGGACAGAUUCCUUUCUGGCUCGACCUGAGCAAUCCCCGUGUUUCAGUUGUCACACAUAAGGAAAUUUUUCAGAACCAAAGCCACCUUCCCACCUUCAGCUCGGGUGCUAUAGAGAGCCACCUCCACCGCAUUCGGGGAAUUUCGCAGAAGUUUAUUUACCUCAACGAUGACAUUAUGCUCGGCAAAGACAUCUGGUUGGACGACUUCUACACCCCAUCAAAGGGACAGAAAGUUUAUGUCACCUGGCCUAUUCGCCCUUGUGCCCAGCGCUGCCCAGGAACCUUGAUCAAGAACCAGCGCAGUAAUCCCCAGUGUAACAACGCUGCCUGUGAUUGGGAUGGGGGAAACUGCAAGUCAAGAAAGCAGAGGUCUGGACGCAGUGUUGGUCGUUGGUGGGGCUCUACAACUACUGGUGCUGAGUUUCCUCAAGCGAGCAAGUCCGAAGCCGCCAGCCAAAACCAAGCGCUGUCACCAAAACCACCAAUCUUGUUCUUGAACAAGAAUGAAGACAAAAUAGUUCCCAAAGUGAAAGUGUCAGGUGUUGCUGCAGCUCCCUUGUGGAGGAUGCUUCAACAAUUAGUUUCUUCUCACAAAGGCUUCCAGCCCUUGGAGAAGAUUAAGUACUUCCAAGACCUACUUGAGGAAGACAAGCAUCUAAGGAAAGCACUAUUGUUUGACACCAAUGGUGCUGUUAUUGGCCGAAAGCUGCAGAGCACUUUCAGCGAAUCGCUACGCUUCGUCAACAGGCUGUACAACCGCAAGUUUGGUAUCAUGACCCGAAAAGCUCCUGCACACACACCACAUAUGUUUGACAAAUUUAUCAUGCAAGAGCUGCAAGACACAUUCCCAAAAGAAUUUGAGAAGACCUCAAGCCAUUAUUUGCGUCAAUCGAACGACAUGCAGAUUUCCUUUUCCUACUAUUACUUCCUGAUGAGCGUUAAGCACAAGGUCAACAUCUCAGAGGUGUUUGACAUGGCUGACAAAGAUCACUCGGGCAUUUUGUCCGAUAGUGAGAUUCAAGAUCUCAGCAGGAGAAUCCAAAAGCAAACAAUCAAACCUUUGGACUUCGAAGUUUUGAAGAAGCAGUUGAUCACCUGCUGUAAAACACUUUCAUCGGAAGUCACCGGCAUUACUCAAAUGAAACCCAGUCAGGUGAUCAACCAUAACCAAAGCAUGGUGAACUGUGUACACCUCCAUGUUGAGCCUCCAAUCACAAAAGACCUGGUACUGAACUGCAAGCCUGUCACUGAUCACAUUUGCAUAGCCUCCACAAACCGGAAGUACAAAUAUCAGGUCAUGGGGCAGCAGGACAUACAUUACAAGUUUCUUACUAACAACGCAAGCAACGCCAGUCAACAGUUUAAAGAUGUUUUGACCCAUCCCAGAAAGUUCAUCUGCAUCAAUGAUGGACUAGAUCACACUGAAAGCACAUCCAAGGAAGUAAAGGCAAAGCUGGCGAAAUUCUACCAAGCCAUGUUCCCACAGCCUUCUACCUUUGAGCUGCCCAAAAGCAAAUCCAACAGGAUUUUGUACAGAGACGAGCUCUGGGAAUGGCAAGCCUAUCAAGAGAAGUUGAGGUUCUAUUCAUACUGUGCCAUUGGGGCUCUAGUCAUCUUAAUUCUCAAGCUCCUCUUUGGAAAGACGACUCACUUGAAAGGAAGGCUGCUGCACAGACACAAGGAGGCAAAAGUUUAAAGUCGAACGUGUUAACACGAUACUUCAUGUAAAAAAGGAAUUGUUCAAUUGUCAGUCGUUUCAAAACCACACAACAUUCGUUCAAAGAGGUAAGACUCCGACAUACCUUUCAACAAAGGACAUGCGGUGAGGGUGAUGGCUGGUGAGGCACUGAUUCCUUUGGAGUUUUUUUUAAUGUUAAUACAGAUUGUUCAUUUAGACGAUCACAAAAAAAAAGAAGAGACUAAUUUACUUUGGUUAAAAAAAAUUUCAGAUACUUCUUAACCGUGUAUUUAUUUUGUAUUAACUAACAAACAUUUGUGUUCUUAUCUUUCACCUGUACAUGAAAUACACUCCAGGAAAGGUUCUGAUAUUUUGUUGUAAAAGUUUGAUCAUAAAAUAAAAAACGCUGGCAAGGAAAUGUUCAAAUCAACUGGAAUAAUGCAGAAAAUAAAUAUAACAGUUCAAUGGACAUACAGUAUAAGGUUCUGCCUUCCCUGACCGUAAGUCACUGCUUUCAACCUUCCAGUUUUCACCGGAAAAGUCCAUAUUUUGCCAUUCUUUACCAGCUUCUUCUAGUUUUCAUAAUUUUCCAAAUUUUAAUUUUCAUGAAAAAACUAUCCUCUCCGUACUGCUACCCACAAUAACCUCAUAUGGUUAACAGUAACAGACUCAUCCACACACACUUUACAUUGAAAAAGAAACCCACAAUUAUACAAAUAACAGGGGAUGUAAAUCAAUACUUUAUAUUUUUCUCAACAAAGUGUUCAGUGUGUCCUGCUCACCAAUGUACUAAAAUCGUCGGCCACUUACUAGGUACACCAGCAUGAACAUAAAAAACAAAAGCUGUACAAAAAAACGUUGUCUUCGUAAAUAUCAUAAUGCUCAGUUGUAUUGAUACUGUUAGAAAGGUUUCAUUCAAUAUGUUUAAUAUUGUGGCUGUAGUUAGCAGUCAUGUAAUAGGCUCCAGCAUACCCCCGCGAUCCGAGUAAGGGAAAACGGCAUAGAAAAUGGAUGGAUGGAUGAAGGGUAAAACAUUAGAAUAGGAUCUCAGUAUGACACCGUGCAAUUGUAAAUAUAAAUUAUAAAUACACUGUGUAAAAGUUUUUAUUGGAUCUCACUUUUGUGAUUUUUUUUUUUUAUUGUAUGAGGCCAGAAAAACCUGUGGGCGACUGCUUAAAAAUUUGGUCUGGGACCAAUGAGCUUGACGACGAGGCCUCCUCAGAUACUUCAUGAUGGGUUCAAUACAGAUUCUGUAUAUGCUUGCUUAUCAUAAUAAAAAUGUGUUGGCUUGAUUUUACAAACUAAGGACUAUUGGUAAUGUGUGGUUUGUGUCAUGGCUAACAUGGGUCCAUUAUUCUCAUUGUCAGUUCAUUAACAGGACGUGUUAGCAGCCAUCAUUCUCCAGAACGUCUGGGUGUUGUUCCCAAAACUGUUCUCCUAUGAUGUCACA